GUCUGGAUUUUGACAUUUCCAAAAUGUGGAACAACGUGGACACAAGAGCUCGUGUGGAUGGUGGUCAACGAUUGCAAUGCGGAAGCCGCUCGGAAUAGUCCACUUUUUAUCCGGUCUCCAUUUCUCGAGUCAGUUUGAUUAACUGCAAUAUUUCCACACUGUUGGCGUCUCGCAUAGCCUCAUUGCAGUCGGCUCCACCGGAAGUGCACGUGUUGGUACCGAAAGUGGAAGUGAUCGAGAAAAGUCCGUCGCCUCGUGUCAUCAAGAGCCAUUUACCUUUCAGUUUGCUGCAUUCUCAAUUACUUGAAACCUCCAAAGUAGUGUACGUCGUAAGGAAUCCAAAGGAUGUCAUCGUGUCUUAUUAUUGCCACCACAAAUUGUUCCACAGACACGGUUUCCUUGGAGACGCUGAUCUCUUUGCCGAGUACUUCAUGAACGACGAAGUUUAUUAUUCUCCGUUCUUCCCUCACGUUUUGGACGCCUGGUCUAAACGCCAUCAUCCCAAUAUGCUCUUCUUGUUCUACGAAGACCUGAGAAAGAAUGUGCGUGAAGGAGUGAUCGAGAUUGCCAGGUUUCUGAAGAAACCAUUGACUGAGAGACAACUGACUGGAUUGUGCCAAUAUCUGGACUUGAAGAGCUUUGCUAGUAACGAGUUAACCAAUUUCGAGAUAGUGGCUAAAGGAAUCGGUCUGGCUAAACCAGAGCAACAUUUCCCUCGUAAUGGUGAACGAGAAAGUCACGAGAAAGUCUUCAGUCCCGAAAUGAGUCGCCGUAUUGACGAAUGGAUAGAAGCAAAUUUGAAAGGAACGGAUUUACGCUUUGCAAUUGAGCCAGAUCCACAAUUCUAAUAAUGUAAUUACGAUUCUUUUAACGCUCGAAUCGCAUUUCUGCAAGAAAAAGUUGCCUUGGUCCAAUAAAUUUGGCUCGAGUAAUUUA